GCCGGUGGCGGGACCGGGAGGGACGUGAUGGGGGACCUUGGCUUCCCUCCGCGUUGAAGGGUGCGGGAGCACCCCGGAAAAGCGCGAUUUGUAUAAGGGCUCUUGGGCCGCGUUGCAGCUUUAAAGCGUCAAGGUUACAUGUGGAUAGUUCACUCAAAUAAAGAUGACUCAGCAACAGAGGAGUGAGCUCUGAUUUUGGGAAGCUGAUGCCUACUUGGAGCCUUGAUACCAGACUCAGUCUAUGGGAGCAUCCUUUAAAGGCACAGGACUCAGACACAGACCCAUUCCCACCCUCCUCAGGGUUCCACGUUUUCUCGUGCUGGGUUCUAGAUGGACUGGACUCUUCUGUUGACAACUACAGGAGCAAUGGCUCUAGUCAGAUGGGGCCUGAGAAGACAUACUUUACAUCCGUUGAAGAGGAAGAGUUCGUUGCUGUUGAAACUUACAGUUGUUGUCUUUUCUGUGCUUCUGUUUUGUGAAUAUUUAAUCUAUUACUUAGUGAUUUUUCGGUGCCACUGGCCUGAGGUUAAGAUGCCAGCCCAUGGCCAUCAAAAGGAGCCUGUACUGAAAGCCAUGUUUUUGGCUGACACCCACUUGCUUGGGGAGAUACAAGGUCACUGGCUGGACAAAUUACGGAGGGAGUGGCAAAUGGAACGAGCCUUUCAAACAGCUCUGUGGUCGCUGCAGCCGGAAGUCGUCUUCAUUCUGGGGGACAUCUUUGAUGAAGGGAAGUGGAGCUCUGCCCAGGCGUGGGCAGAUGAUGUGCAGCGCUUUCAGAGGAUGUUCAGACACCCCAGCCAUGUGCAGCUGAAGGUGAUCGUUGGUAACCAUGACAUCGGCUUCCACUAUCAGAUGAGCAAAUACAGAGUGAAACGAUUUGAGAAAGUGUUCGACUCUAAAAUGCUGUUUUCUUUGAAAGGAGUUAACUUUGUGAUGGUCAACAGUGUCGCCAUGGAAGGGGACGGUUGUAACAUCUGCUCAGAAGCCGAAGCCGGCCUCAUGGAGAUUUCACGUCGACUGAAUUGCUCCCGAGAGGUGCCGGGCUCCAGCCAGUGUGGAGGUGGGCAGCGGCUCCCCGCAUCCGCCCCAGUGUUGCUGCAGCACUACCCACUGUAUAGGACCAGUGAUGCCAACUGCUCAGGGGACGAUGCAGCCCCUCUGGAGGAAAGGACUAUCCCGUUCAAGGAGAGAUACGACGUGCUUUCUCGGGAGGCCUCCCUAAAGCUGCUGUGGUGGCUGCGGCCCCGCCUGGUCCUGAGCGGUCACACGCACAGCGCCUGCGAGGUGCUCCACGCGGGAAGGACCCCCGAGCUCAGCGUGCCGUCCUUCAGUUGGAGGAACAGAAACAACCCCAGCUUCAUCAUGGGCAGCCUGACGUCCAGAGAUUAUGCCCUGUCUAAGUGCUACCUCCCUUGUGAGGACACCGUACUGGCCACAUACUGCGGGGCAGCCGGGCUCCUCAUGGUCCUCACCUUAGCGCACUUUGAGCGUCUGGUCUCCCCUUUCCUUGGAACCUGUUCAGAACGUGCAGGACGAGCUGACGAACAGGCAGCUGCUGCACACGGUGGUAAAUAGCAAAGCCAAAGACGGGCCUCCCGGCAGUCGGUCACGUGAAGGAGGACAGAUGUCUGUCUUUACAUCACAAAGAUUCUAGACGGUCAGUGUCAGUAAGGGCAGGAUAAAUAGUUGACUGUACUGUUCUCAUGCUAUAAAAAUGGAACGUGUACUCUACAACAAAUCUGCUUUCCUUUUUUAUCAAAUGUAUGUAUAAUUAAAGGUUGCGUCUGUACAGUACGUAAAUGCUGUGGACACCGUCACUUGCAUGCACAACACACGGCCCUUGCUUCCCGGGAGGGACCUGGGAGCCCCCUGGUGUACACGUGAGGCUAUGUGUGCACACAAAACUUGGGUUUGCUCUGUCCUUUUAUGAAGUGGCUCUAAAAUUCCUUUGUAUUAUGAAGCUGUACAUGUAGAAAAAAGUAUAGACUCAGUUUUCAGGAACAUCACCUUUUUUUUUCCUUUAAAUAGACUUUUGUGUUUCUGUGCUAAUGGAAUCAGAUCUUUAGAUAAGUGACUUUUCUCUCCAGGAGACCCCAUUGUAACAUCUGAAUUUAGUGCCUGUUAAUGACUAAAACUGAAAAAAAAAAUGGAUAGGGCUUUUUGUCUUUAAAAAUAAAUGGUGUAAUGAUUUUAGUGAGAUAAAGCAUAUUUUUUCCUUAA